AAUUGUUGCUUACGCUGCAGCAAAUACCGAUUAUUUAAGAAUGAUCAAAUAAGAAAGGUCAUAAAUAUUCAAGUCGACUUUAUAUCAUGAAGUAUAUCGUGUCAUUGAUUGAGGAAUGGAAUUCCGCAGGUACAGCAAUCACAAAACAUAUGUAGUAAAUUCUUCAAAUUAUCUUAAAACGGAUAGUUUUCCAAAGUAUGUCACUCCUGAAGUGUGACUGUUUUAUGCAGAGUAAAGUGGCUAGAAUCCGGUCAUGUAUUACUGGAUUUUGAAGUAUCAAUUUGUUUGUGUGGUACUGUCAAUAUACCAAUUUUAAUCUUCAUGUUUCGUUAAUAUUAAUGUUUUCUGUUCCACAUCUACGUUUUUUUAAAUAUGCCUGGUAUGGGUGUUAUGUUUAAUUCAAAUACAACAUAACAGUUUGCUUCAUGGUUUAAGUCUUUCCCUCCCUAUUCACAUGCCUUCAGUCCAUUCUCAAAUAGAUGCUAUUUUGAGAAAACAGUAUGAUUCCGUAGAAUAAGCGACUUUCAAGGCAAAACUGAUUAUUCUGGAGUCAAGCGAGAACUAGGUUUACUAAGUGAUUAUAAUGUGUUCAUUUUGUGUUUCAUUCCUUUCUCUUUUGAUUCUCCACCACAUAGGUGGUAUUACCUUUAUUUUUUUCUUUUCUGUUUAAUUCACGUCUUAGUAUUAAUUGUAAAGUUGUAUACUUAUAUAUUUCAUGACCUGUCUAUAUAUCCACUUGGGUGUAACUAGGUAAUAAACAAGCUGAGAGAAACUUUAUUCAAAUAUCUUAUUAGUGAAGUACAAUUUUGGAUUCGAAUGUUUUAGAUUUGUGGAUAUGAUGUAAUGAGUAGAAUAUCAUCUGGGUGAAGAACAGAACUGUCCAUAAAAUGUACAUAUAAUUGUAUAAGAUUAAAAUAAUGAUGUUAAUAUUAUUAAAAGGUAUAGAAUUGUAUUGUUUUAUUUCUAGUUGGCUUGAUUAGUGAUGUAUCUUUGUGUAUGGCUCUCAAUAAUUACCCGAAUGGUCACCACAUUCGCCAAAAUACAUCAGCUUUCGGUGCUAGGCAUUUGUAAGAUGUGCAUUCGUACGUAUAUAAAAGAUUGUUUGGCUCUUUACUUGCGAGGAAGUGUUUUAGCUUGUGUAUUUCGGUCCGUUCUAAGACCAAGUUCACUAUUCACACCACCUGAAGCCAUAGACUUAUGUACAUAUUUCUACUUUGGGUUUGCGUGCUUUUCAAGCUGGUUCUGUAGUUUACUCAAGUUUUUCAGAAUUCACCAUUAAUUGAGCUUAUUGUAUUUUAGAUAUCAGUUGACCAUAUCUGUAGGACAAUUAUUAAUCAUUGUAUUUAUUUACUAUAUGACGGUUUAAUGAACUGCUGUUUGUUAGUUUCUCCCUUCAGAACUACAGUAAAUGAGGAUUAGGUACCUAGAAGACUACUUGAGAAGUUAUUCUUUAGAAUGUUUGGUGUCAGAACAGUUUGUUACUUGCAAGCUUAGUAUCGAUUCCAUACGUACUAACGUCGUUGUAUUUUUAGUUAUCUGAACGCUUUUUUAUUUCAAGGAACCAUGUUGAUUGGAUAAAAGACAAAGAUUUCAGAUAGAUAGGGGUGUAAUAUGUAAGUAUAUAAGGACACACUUUUAUAUUUGUUUUUAAACAACAUAGUCCUAAAGGUUGUCAGACUAUCCAAAUGAGUAAUUCAUGUGAGUUCGAAGUUUUUAACUCAGUUUUCAUGAAAUAUUAUAUUCAACCGUCUUUAAAUUUUAAGCUCUGAGUAGACCAACAUUUUCGUUCUAGGUCCUGUAUUUAUUUUUCUGUUUCUUCACGUAUCAUAUAUGUAGCGAAUCGACUGGACUUGUUUAAUUUAUGUCGAUGUAAAUUCAGGCCACACAUUAUUUACGUAUUUUAUUCGUCCGAAUAAUUUUCUCUUUUGUUACAGAAGCUAUUCAGACUAUGUUUCGUUUGUUAGUUCCUUUCCGGUGCAAAUCACAAAAUGUACCGAAAGAAUUAAACUUACUGCAAAAACUAAGAUAUCCUUUAUAUCUUAGUUUAUCUUCUGGAAUUUUAUAUCAUAGUUUUAAGUCUCCAGAUAAGCAUACUUGCCCAACUUUAUUUGAAAAUAAAGACAAACAAAAAGAGAUCACUCAUCCUACUUUGGCAGAUUUGAUCCUUUUAUUCAGUGAUCAAGAUAAUCAGUCAUUCAAUAAAUUACCUAAUGAGGCGAAAAUGAACCGGCUAUUGAAAAUUAAUCAAGAUAUUGAAGAUGAGCUACCACUGUUCUUUGAAAAAACCCUUUUUAAUGAAUUACCGAAAAAUUUGCUAGAUUCUGAUACUGUUGUUUAUUAUGAAAAAAGAAAUGGUUCCGUCUGCAGAUUGAGAGGUGAGUCCUGGAUUCGUGCUUUAGUAGUGGCUAGUCGGGCCUAUUUUUCUAUGCGUUCAUAUGGUCGUCGACUAGAAUUGACUAGUAUUUUAUCUGAUACAGAAAGGUGGGAAGUCGAAGUUUGUUUUCGAAUCGUUCUGUUACCUUCACCAUCCAAAAGAGAAUCUCAUUUACCUUCAGAUAAAUUAUUAGAAAGAUUAGAACAACGAGCUCAGUGGCGUAAUUUUCGAGCUACUUUCUAUUUGUCUGAUUCCGGUAAAAUUAAUGCCAUAAAACUCACGCAGUUACUACCUCCGUUCAAGGAUUCAACUGCUUUAUAUCCUUUGAAUCAACUGACAAUUAAGAAAAUCCUUGCUCCCAGUCUAUCUGGUCGACGUCAUUUACCCACUCCUACUUCUCAUGGUUUUGGAGAAUUAUCAUUACAACGUAACGAUGACAUCAGUAACUAUGGUAAUCAUAAUGAUGGCGUUAUAUUUUGGACACUGGGUAAUGUUAAGUAUUGGUUCCACGUAGUUGAUAAGAUUGUCAAACCAUUUGAUAUAGUUAUUACUUCCCUUCCCGACGAUCAAGCUCACUCUGAUCUUGUGGGAAAAGAACAAACUGCUUGCAUUUGUCUGUCAAACGAUCAUCCGACGACAUGUGAUCAUACUACAAAUUAUAUACCACCUGUUCAAACUCCUUGUCAAUCGUUUUCAUUGAACUCUAUUUUAUUAGAAUUCUAUAUGAAACAUUCUCCAUCAAUUAGGAAUAAUAGUCAGAUCACAACAGAUAAACAACGGAGUUUGAAAAUGUAUUCUACAUCCUGUGGUCCAUAUAUAUAUCCAGCUUUUUAUUCAUUAGACAAUUCAACUAAAUCAAAUCACAUUCCUACCGUAGAACAAUUCAACUUAUCUAACUAUUUUGCUUCUUUCCCUUCACCUAGUGAUAUGUCCUCUGUAUUUUACUUAUGCAAACUCUAUAUUUAA